AUGGUAGAUAGUGUGUUAGAUAACGAUGCGUUCCUUACUCAACUUACUCGACUUUUUGAAAAUGUAAAACCUACUACAAAAAAAAUUCUCCUAACCAUGAAAAGACAUACUUGGCAGCCAAAGAAGUUACGUAACGUUGAGGCUGCAAAAGAGUUAAAAAACCAAGAUUCAGAAAAAAAGGUUGAUAAUAAAGAAUAUCCAUUGGUGAUUCGUGCCACUUGUGGAAAGAAUAAGAUUAAAACGGUGGUUAAUCCUUCAGAUUCUGACAAAUUUUACACCGCGUAUACGAAAGCUACUAUUGCCUGA